AUGGGUGCCUAUUUAUCUGAACCUGUGACUGAGAAAAUGUCCACCGAUGAAGCGAACGAAAAACUAGAAUGCGGAGCAAGCUCCAUGCAGGGAUGGCGUGUCAACCAAGAGGACUCUCACAAUACAAUCUUAGAUUAUGACGAUAACACGUCCUUCUUUGCUGUUUAUGAUGGCCACGGUGGAGCUGAAGUCGCUACAUAUUGUUCGCAAAAAUUACCAGACUAUAUUAAAGAAACAGAUGCAUACAAAAACGGUGAUUUUGUUAAUGCAUUGACGGAUGCUUUCUUGGGAUUUGAUGCUACUAUUGCUACUAAAGAGGUUAUGGAUAUCCUGAAAGAAUUAGCAGGUGAAAUAAAUCCACCCGGACCAAGUGAUAAUGAAGAUUCUGAAGAUGAAAAUGUUAGUAAUUUAUAUCAAGAAGCACACCUACCUUUACAGGAAGUAUUAGCUAAAUAUGAAAAUAAGUUAAGCACAUUACAUCGAGCAAGACUUGGUGAUACUGCAACACCUUUAUCGCCAUGCUUGAGAGCAAAAAAGAACACGGAAGAGAUAAAUGCUGCGUCAUCAGCAAGCUCCAGUUCAGGACUUUCAUUAGCUGCAGGUUCAAGCUCAGAACAGAUUUGUGAUGCAGCAUCAUCUAGCAAAAAUGGCUUAUUAGUAUCUAGCAAUCAAGGCAAUGAAAAUAACACAGAAGAAGAUACUGGAGGAGUUUCGUCAACUAAUUCUUAUGAAGAUAAAGAUUUAAAUGGGGAGGUCUCAACCAGUGAGCCUGAAAAAACUGUGAAAGAAAGUGUUGGAAAAGACGCAGACAAAAUAAAUUCAACAGCACCUGACAGUUCUGGUGAUAACUGUCGGCGACCAGAACAGAGUCAAGAUGUGAAAAGCACUACAAAUGCUGGUAAUGGACCAACGUCAGAAACUUUUAAUGGUGAGGUGACAGAUUCUAAGCAAGUUGAUGGAGAGGACACUAAUAUAACUUCUUCAAAUGGAUCAGUGACACCUGUAAAAUCUGGAAAAGCCAAAGAUAAAUCAUCGCCAGUUUCAAGCUCAGAUAAAGUAACUCCAGAGAGACCAAAAAAAUCCAAAAUUCGCAGAGCAGCGGCAGCGGUUUACGAGUCACUAUUACGUCAAGCGGCUGAAGAUGAUGAUGAUGAAAGUGACUCAAAUGACGAGACUUUUGAGGGUGGAGAAAUCGAUACAUCCGAUGAGGAAAAUGUUAAUGGGGUUGAAGACUCUUCCAAUGAGGAUGAUGGUGAAGAAGAAGAUGAAGAUGAUUAUGAAGCGGAGUCAAGUGACGAGGAAGGUGAAGAGGACAUAAGUAUGUCUGAGGAGCCUGGAAAUGAUAGUGGUUGUACAGCUAUUGUUGCACUACUUAAGGGAAAUGAAGUAUAUGUUGCGAAUGCCGGUGAUUCUCGAUGCAUCAUUUGUAGAGACGGUAAAGCGAUUGAUAUGUCAAUAGAUCACAAGCCAGAAGAUACACCUGAGCUAGAACGAAUUACUAAAGCUGGUGGGAAAGUAUCUUAUGAUGGACGUAUUAACGGAGGAUUGAACUUGUCCCGUGCUAUUGGCGACCAUUCCUACAAACAGAAUAAAGAUUUGGGUCCCAAAGAACAAAUGGUCACUGCAUUACCAGAUGUGAAAACGCUAACAAUAGACCCCGCUAAGGAUCAAUUUAUGGUGUUGGCAUGUGACGGUAUCUGGAAUUUUAUGUCUAGUCAAGACGUUUGUGAUUUUAUAUUGCCUAGGCUUACAGAAGGACGCGAAAGAUUAUCACAAAUUUGUGAAGAGAUGUUUGAUCAUUGCCUGGCACCAACAACAAUGGGUGAUGGUACGGGUUGUGAUAAUAUGACAGCAAUUAUUGUAAGGUUUAAGGAUGGAGUCAUUUCAAAUGUUGGACAACACUCUAUUAACACAGAGGGCUCUAAAAAGCGAACUGCAGAAGAUGGGCCUUGCGAUGACAAUCAACAAGACACAAAAAGGCAAAAACUUGAUGAUUCUCUGUCAAGCUCGGCAAAUAGCACUGUUAAUGUGACAAAAUAUAUCUACGAGCUUGAAAAUGUU